AUGAAGCGACUGCUGCUGCUGCUGGGAGUGACGGUCUACUGUGUGAUUGUGUGUGUCACCGCCGAGUCACAACCGGACCAGCGGGGAGCGAAAUCGAUCCCGGAGAAAGACGGGGUUUUACAGCUGAGGAAGGGGAACUUCAACAGGGCUCUAAAAACACACAAGCAGCUACUUGUGCACUUUUAUGCACCUCUAUCUGGAGAUGGCCUACGAAUUUCAACAGCUUUCCAAGGUGCCGCUGCAGAGCUCCAGGGGUCAGAGGUUACGCUGGGCGAGGUGGACGUCUCUAAGGAAAAGGACCUGGCGAAAGAGCUCAACGCCACUGGCCCACCCGUACUCAGACUCUACCUUUCUGGGGACAAACGCAAGCCGGUGCCCUGCCCUGCCCCGCAGGACACGGCCUCCAUUUUGACCUGGCUGAGGAGGAGGGCGGGGUCUGCUGCCGACCUCGUCACCGACAUCAGCCAAUCAGAGGACUCGGAGGAACUGCUAGUGGUUGGGCUCGUGGAGGACCUGGACCACGACUACGUGAAGGUGAUCCACGCGGCGGCGGUUGACCUCCCCGACGUAAGCUUCGCCGUGACCAAGAGCGAGGAACUCGUCACCAAAUAUGGCAUCGCAUACGAUUCGGUGCUGCUGCUCAAACAGUCUAAGCUCCUCCAGGCAUAUAAAAUGAUGCCCCAGACAUCUAAAAAGGAACUGAUCAUCUUUAUCACUGUCUACCAGAUGGAGCCAGUCACUGAGUAUAAUGGACAGACCGCCACUCAAAUCUUAGCAUCGCCCGUGUUGAACCACGCCAUCCUGUUUGUCAACAAAAACUCUGAGGACUAUAAAGACAUCCACUCUGCCUUCCACACUGCCGCCAAAGCCUUCAGAUUAAAGAUACUAUUUGUACUGGUGAAUGUGGACGAGCCUCGUAAUGGUAGGAUGCUUGAAUACUUCAGAGUUCGUGACGGUGAGGGUCCUCUCAUCCGAAUAGUCAACAUGACAGACCAUGUGACCUACCACCUCCCCUCUGACUCGCUUGACUCCAAAACCAUUAAAGAGUUCUGUCAAACCUACCUGGAUGGCAAGGCUAAGCCUAAGAUGCAGAGUGAGCCCAUUCCCGAGGGCUGGGACAAACAGCCGGUAAAGGAGCUGGUGGGAAUGAACCUGGAGAAAGUCGCUUUCAACCCUGACAAGACUGUUUUUGUUUUAUUUUACCUCCACUACAGUCAAGAGUCUCGCGCUCUGUUCCCGCUGUGGGAGGAGCUAGCCACGGCCUUGCAGCACCGAGAGGGAGUGGUUGUGGCUCGCAUCGACGCCUCAGCCAAUGACAUCAACCUGUCCAUGCAGGGCUCUUACCCAUCACUACGCCUUUUUCCUGCACUUUAUGCUGAGAGGGUGGUGGAAUACACAGGGAAGCGAACAGUGAAGGACCUGGUCAAGUUCGUAGAUAAAGAGAUGAAGAAAGCCAAAAAAGACCGAGUGAAGGAGGAUGAAGACAGAAGGAAGUACAUUGAGACCAUAAAAGCUGAAGAGGCAAAAAAAGCAAACAAAACCAAAGAUGAGCUCUAAAAUAAGUGAAGAGAGGGAGACAGCUUAGGGCCACAGUUGGAUUUUCCUAUUGAAUGUGGGUGAGGUAAAAGAAAUCCCCAAAAAUGAAUGAGUCAGAAACGCUGGCCCAAAGUCGUCUUUUUUUCCAGGAAUGUAAAAACUAGACUGGUGCUGACGUUGUAUUAUGAGUGCAUGUGUGU